UGUAAACAUAAAGAUGGCAGAUUUCGAUGCCAUUAACACCAUCGAGAGAGACGAAGAGGAGAAUUCUUCCUCAUCCCUCGAGUCUUACACACAGACGCCUGAGCCAGUGAUAAUUAGAGGAGCAGGCAAUAUCACAGUAUUCGGCCUAAGUAACCGGUUUUGCCGGGACUUUCCAACAGCACUUACGGGCAGAUUAGCCCCGGAGGAAUUUGCAGGCUCAGUAUCCCGUGUAAAUACUGUGCUCAGGAAGACUUUACCCGUGUCUGCUCGAUGGCUUCUAUGCGGCUGCUGCUUCUGUCUUUGUACCUGUGGUUGUUCACUCUGGCCAGUGAUAUGUCUUAGUAAAAGG